AUGAAGGCCGGUAAGGCCGGCUUCGAGGGCCCGCAGGAGGCGCAGCACCGCAUCCGCGUCACCCAAGCGUCAAGAACCUCGAGAAGGGUGAUGAUGAUGGGUGGAUCUCGUCGAUCCGCACCUCCUCACCCACCACAUCGCCGGAUCCGCGACAUGGGAAGGUCAUGGGGAAGCAAAAGCUCAGUGUCAAGACUGAGGAGGACUCCAAUCCUCGUGACUAGAUGGUGGCAAUGGCAUCUUGCAUACUAUAUUCUCAUGGGUGGGUGCAGCGAGGGGCUGGGCAAGCGCGGUGCGCAGUGGAUGGAGGUCAUCCCGUGGGAGCCCAGGGCAUUCGUCUACCACAACUUCCUGUUUGGGGGACUUGUGAUGCAGCAUGCCAAGCAACAGCAAGGGGAGGGCAUCUCUGAAAUGUCGCUGCUGGUGGUGAUGGAUGGUUGCCGCUGGUGGUGGUAG